AUGGUUCGCAAGGACCCUAUAUUCGAGGCCCGCACGAAUGUCAAGCUUCACUCCAACCGCCUAAAGAAAGAAGCCGCCCGCGCAGAAGCAACCUUCAAAUCCGAAAAAGCCAAAGCAGACAAAGCAGUGAAGAACCGCGAAUUCCAAAUCGCGCGCAUCCACGCCGGCUCCGCGAUCCGCGAAAAGAAACGCCAAGUAACACUAAAAUCCGAAGCAGCCCGCGCCGAUGUAAUUAUCAACGAACUAAAAGCCGCCCAAAGCACCCGUGACACAUCUCGAACUCUUGCGCUCGCCUCACGCGGUCUAGACGCCGCGUCUAAGAGCGUGAAUCUCGAACAUCUAAUGGCGCAUGCGAACAAUUUCCUGGCCCGAUCAGAAGACUUUAAGAUUGCUAGUUCUGCAAUUGAGGAUGUUGCGCAGGGAGUGUCGAUGCAGGAGUAUGGAGCUGAGGGGGAGUCGGAGGUUGAUCGGUUGAUGGAGCAGUUGGCGGAUGAUGCGGGAGUUGAUAUGCGGAUGGCGUUGGAGGCUGAUAAGGCGCCCGAGGCGGAGGUUAAGGAGCAGGCGCAGCCUGUUAAAGCGGAUGCAGAGGUGGAGGAUGGGUUGAGUGCGAGAUUGCAGGCUUUACGGGCAAUAAACUAG